AUGGGUGUGACCGGUCUUUGGACGGUCGUAAAGCCUUGCGCGCGGCUUAUCAAACUUGAAACCCUUAACAAGAGGAGGCUCGCCAUCGAUGCAUCUAUAUGGAUAUACCAAUUUCUCAAAGCCGUACGUGAUAAAGAGGGCAAUGCUCUACGAAAUGCACAUAUCGUUGGGUUUUUCAGGCGAAUAUGCAAACUACUCUAUUUUGGCAUUAAGCCGGUCUUCGUUUUUGACGGUGGUGCACCGAUACUUAAGCGGCAGACGAUUGCAAACCGAAAGAGACGCAGAGAAGGAAGAAGAGAAGAUGCUGCAAGAACUGCUAGCAAAUUGUUGGCCAUUCAAAUCCAAAGGCAGGCUGAGGAGGAAGCAGCAAGAAGAAAAACAAAGUCUCAACAUGAACCGCAAGAGGAGGAACAGCUGCCAGACGAAUUAGUCUAUGCUGAAGAAAUCCUAAUGACCAAGGCAGAGAGGCAAAGAAAUAGACCGUUUAGGAAAACUGAUGCGUAUCAUCUUCCAGAGCUGGAGAUGUCUCUAGCAGAGAUGGGCGCACCGAAUGACCCUAGGAUCAUGUCACACGAAGAACUGGAAGCUUACGCACAGCAGUUUAAGUCUGGUGAAAAUAUCAAUCUCUAUGAUUUUUCAAAAAUUGACUUUGAUGGGCCAUUUUUCCUUAGCCUACCCGCUAGCGAUCGGUAUAAUAUACUGAACGCUGCCAGGCUUCGAAGCAGGCUACGAAUGGGGUAUUCUAAAGACCAGCUAGACACCAUGUUUCCGGAUCGCAUGGCCUUUUCCAGAUUCCAAAUAGAGCGAGUGGCUGAGCGUAAUAGCCUUACUCAACGCCUCAUGAAUCUCAAUGGGAUGAAUGGUGAUAAUCUUGCUUAUGGAAGCGGGUCUUCCCGAGUUGCUGGAGAGAGAGACAGGGAGUACAUACUAGUGAAAGACAGUGGAGUCGAAGGUGGAUGGGCUCUAGGUGUUUUGGGUAAUAAAGAAGGCUCUUCUAUAAACAAGCCCAUUGAAGUAGAUAAACAGGAGGAAAGCCAUUUGCUGGACGACGAUGAUGAGGGCGAAGAGUUCGAGGACGUACCAAUUGAAGGCCUCAAUCGCCUUCCAAAGCUGCCGAUAUUUGAACCAGGUGUAUUCGACGAGUCUAUCGCACAACAGCGCCGCACACAGUUGGCGACGGACGCGAUGGAAGCCACUGAAGGUGGUGUGGACGAUGCCUUGUUUGUUGAUGAUGGGGCAGAAGCAGAGGCUGCUGGGGUUGAUGAACUUUUCGAGCAUUUAGAAGCCGAAGAAGCUAAAGAUCUUUCCAGAGCAAUUGACUUAUCCCUGGAAGAUAUACCUGAAGCCGAUCAUCCUGUACUUGAAGAGUGGGUAGGAAGAGCUACCACCAGUGACCCAACCAAUGUGAAAGAUAUCCCAAGCCAGUCAGAUAGUGAUGAUGAUAUGGAGUUCUUCUCUGCCUUGGCCAAAUCUAAGGUUACAAAACAACCAGCGAGUAACACCCAGCCUUCGCACCCAUUCUCUGGCCCGCUACCAUUUGAACCGCUGAGGGUAAUCAGGGGUCCGCAGGAACCUCUUAGCGCGAAUAAAGUCCCAGAAGAUACAGAUGCUGGAGAUUUUGAGAUUUCUGAACCCAAAGGAAAAGAAGCCCAACCGCUUCCUCCUUGGUUUACGGGUCCAUCUGAACAAAAGGAGUUCAUAUCAAAAGAGGAGUCUCAAGUUAAGAACUACCACCAGUCAUUACAAACUAGCAAUAUUCUCUCUCGCUCAAAUGCGAUAGAUAUAACAGAUAGCGACGACGAUAAGGGCGCCGAGAACGAAGUCAUUGACCUGGCAUCUCCCACGCCGAGUGGCAGUGCCCAGCUACCGACCUCCCCGGUGAAAUUGCAGGAUGAAAAAACCAUGACCACUGACCACUCACUAAGCACUGCCAGUCACAUUUCUCCUGAUGUACCAGAAGAUACCACAUUGAAGUCAAUAUCUGAGGAAGUUGAAGGGAUUCGCCAACCUCAAAAGUUGUCUAAAUCCAGCGAAGAUGUACCCAGCACCAUGCCUAUGCCACUAAGCCUUGGGGCUAGAGAUGAAGUUACACAGACUCUGCCUUCUGGCCCUUCGACUUUCAAUGUGGAAGCUGAAGGCUCGGAGAACCAAUUGGGAGGGUAUCCUGACGCGGAUGACGAGUAUUCCGAUCCAGAAGAUGACGAACUGAUGUAUCAGCUGGCUAUGGAAGCUGAGGAGCAUGCCCGCUUUGCUUCAACUUUGAAUUCUAAGAGUCAAGCUGAAAAUGCUUUUGACUAUGAGCAGGAACUGAAGCAACUUCGUUCCCAACAGAAGAAGGAUAGACGGGAUGCUGAUGAAGUAUCUCAAAUCAUGGUUACAGAAUGUCAGCAAUUACUACGAUUAUUUGGGCUUCCGUACAUUACGGCUCCAAUGGAAGCUGAGGCACAAUGUGCGGAACUCGUGGCUUUAGGGCUAGUUGACGGUAUCGUCACAGACGAUAGCGAUACAUUUUUAUUUGGAGGCACCCGGAUCUACAAAAACAUGUUCAACCAAUCGAAAUAUGUGGAGUGCUAUCUUUCAAGCGACCUAGAGAAGGAAUACACAUUGGAUAGGAAAAAGCUCGUCAGCUUUUCCCACUUGCUAGGGAGUGACUAUACGGAGGGGAUUCCAGGCAUAGGUCCUGUGACGGCGCUUGAGAUACUCACGGAAUUUUCGGACUUGGAAGAGUUCAAGGACUGGUGGUCACAAGUCCAGUUAGGAAAUAAAAUCCCCGAUGAUCCCCAUGCAGGGUUCCGCAAGAAGUUUAAAAAGAAUAUCACGAAGCUAUUUUUACCUCCAGGUUUCCCAGACAAAGCGGUUGAGAAGGCUUAUCUGGAGCCCGAGGUAGAUUCCGAUCCCUCUGAGUUUAAAUGGGGAGUUCCUGAUUUGGAUGCUGUGAGACAAUUCCUAAUGGCAACAGUCGGAUGGUCACCAGAACGGACCGAUGAAGUCCUCGUCCCCGUAAUACGGGAUGCAAACCGAAGAGAGCAGGAGGGUACCCAAUCAAAUAUAACUGGGUUCUUCCAAGGCCCUCAGGGCGCAGGAGCCUUUGCCCCUCGACAGCGGACUGCAGGCAAAAGUCGUAUUGAAAAAGCUUUUGGAAGGUUGAGGAACCAAGCAGAAGCAAAACAAACAACUUUGGGCUCGUCCAUCGACGAGGACACCAAUUCAGCUGAAAGAGUUGUUGGAAGUGAUGAUAAUGCCUCUGCAGCAUCGAGACGACGGACCAGAGCCACCGACACAUCCAUCGAUGUAGACGAUGAAACUGCCAGCAAGCAGCCCCCACGCAAGGCCAGGAAAAAAGCAAAAGACACGAGGAUAUAA